AGAAUCGCACAUGUACAUGACGAGUGAAAAUGCCAAAUCAAGGAAGGGGUUAGCAUAUGUUGAAGUGUUAUAUCAAAUCAAUACUACUUAUUGAUUCAAUGCGAAUUCAUUUGUACACACUGAGCUCUUAAUGUGGUAACGAGAAAAGUCAAGCUGUGCUUAUUAUCAAGCAGAAAUCAUCCUAACAUUCAUCAUGGCGACCCACAUAGUUCCUCGUUUUGUGACCGUGAUUGUUUUAAGGUUUGUUUUGAUGACUGCAUUUCUGCAAAUGGCUUCAGUUCGAGCUGACAGUGAACAUGGACCUGGAUUUGUAGGAUGUUACCCUGUUGGAAAUGAAUGGCAAGAGUUUCUUGACAAAGAUGACGUGGUUGUUGAAAAUGUGGAAGGUUGUGUACUUCACUGUAGGGAAUUUGAAUAUGCUACCAUCACUGCUGGGAAAAGCUGCUACUGCAGUGACGGUUUCGAAGAUAUCAAAAGAGCGACUGAUGAAAGCUGCAACGUCAGAUGUGACGGCAAUCCUUGCCAAAUAUGUGGAGCACGCACAUACUACUCAGUUUACAACACAACCGCGAUUCUGAAAAGAAUGACUUUGAAUGGCGGAUUGUCAUGCUGUAAAGUUAACGACUCUUCCAACUAUGGCUACGCUGAAUGUAUGGCCUCGAGGUUGGUGACCACUACAAUGGAAUCUUAUGAGAUCACAACUACAAUGCCUGCACGCUUUCCAACUACCCAAGUCGAUCAAAAGAGUACCUGCAGUGAAGAGCUGGUAAAGCAAUGCUGUCACCCAUCAUACUCACUUUGGUUACGGAUCGUCAUCGAGGUGGUUGUGAUACUCGUUCUAUUCCUCAUCAUCUUGUGUAUUAUUAUUGUACGGUGUUUCACAAAACGUGGUAAUGCAAGAAGCGAUCAUCGUCUCCGAAGCAUCGUCCGCCAAGACAAUACGAAUGCUACGACUUCUCCAAGGCCAGGGGCGUUUUAUCAAAGCCUUAUUGUUAACAGUAGUGUUCAGAAUGUUCAAUCUGCCACUGACGUCAUCCCAAGCCUGAACACCCAUGCCGAGUCUCACCAACCUACCAUGCCUGACUCUGCUGGAGAGCCUAUGACGUCUGUCAGCCUCCAAGGCAACACAGAAUCAGAAACCCAAAUGCCCUCUACGAGGUCAGUUUGCCCAAAAGAAUCUGACGAUGCUGAUCAUCGCCCGAUAGCUGUGGAUGGUGAAGGCUAUGUACCAAUGGAUAGGAUCAGCAGGGUGUCUGUAAAUGUGCAAAAUAAUGCUAAGUUCUCUAACGAUGGCGUGGAAAGAAGGGUCACCAAUCAGGCACGACUGAACUAUGAGAACAGUGAUGUCUGGAGAAAACGCGAUAGAAGAACAUACAUUAAAGACCGGAUGUCGCCCGAAUAGCAGAUGACGAUGGUCAUACUUACAGUCUGUCUAAUAGUGUGUUUUUUUUGGGGGGGAGACUUUAUAAUUAAGGAAUUAUGGUGUUGCUCACGAUGGUGUGGUAAAACUCCCAAGCCCUGUAUUAUCUAGAAACAUAAACAAUAGAAUUAUGCGGCAAUCGUCUGUUGAUUAGAUCGUGCACUCCAAUCAAAUAUUGAUAUUUUUUAAUAUUUAGAUUAUAAGAUAAAAGGAGCAGAGUGAUUGGUUGAACGUCACUAUUCUAGCUAAAUUUUUCCUUUGAAGUAAUAAUGAUAAUAAUACACAGCAUUUAUUAUGCGCUAUCUAUCUAGUAAAUUAUUCUGAGGCGCAGAGGGAUGGAGGGGGAAAAUACAUUAACAUGUUUAACAAAAGUAAGUAAGUGAUAAUAAUUAUAUGGUUCAAGAGUGUUUUGCACGUCCCACUCAAGACUUUUAUACCAUUUGUUACAUGA